CCCCAGCCAUUGAAAACGAACCAAAGCGGCGGCGGACCAUGUUCCCGGCCCGCGGGGCAGCUCGCACUGAUGUGUAACAACUGACCGCGGCUGCAGACAACACCCCAGCGGCGCCGCUUGGGCCGCACGCGCACGGCCUGCGCAAAUGGAGGAGUCAAAAGAGGAGCCGCGCCGUGUACACCGCAGCUGGCGCGACCGCCUCCUCCUGUUCUAUGGCGAGCGCCACCUCGAAGACAAACGAGGAGGGCCGAGGGUCGCGCCGGCGCCGGUCUGGGCGCCGCUCGCGACCGGCUCGAGGUGCGAGGUCGUCUUAUCAAACGAUUACGUCGUCGAGACGACACAAGAAGAGGAGACACAUCGAGGCCGCUUCUCGGACAAGAUGCUGAUGAGUCGAGAUCAAGGCGGCUUCAUACGGGGAAUUGUAGAAGGCUACUCUGCCGAUGGUUACGACAUAAGGUACGCCGACGGGCCCUAUCGGAGGGAAGACAAGCACGCGCCGCCGCCGGGGUAUCCCGCAGAGGAGCGCUGGUGGGUCCCGUCGAACGUCAUCAUAAAAAAGACAUUAGGAGACGACGUCGUACUGAGGGAGGUGCCCGCGACGUUGGUGAAGGAAGAUGUGUUGACCGACGACCGGCUCCCGAAGGGCGUGCUCACGUUAGUUACGAUACAAAUCGCCUGCGCGAUCUGGACGAGGCGCUACACAGCGUCAGGAGCCGAGCAGGGGACAUCCACACCGAACAGAAUUGUUUAUAGAUUAGUGGGCCCCUGGCCGCAUUGCGAAGAUUCGAGAUCCGAAUUCUACCGCCUCAUCUUGUAUCAGUUCGUCCACGGCAGCUGGCUCCACCUCAUAGCGAACGCCUUGACCCAGAUCGUGUUUGGUUUGCCCAUGGAGCUCGCGCACGGCACACCAAAGAUCUUGGUCGUGCACAGCGCGGGCGUCGUCGCAGGCGCGUUAACAUGCGCCGUCUGCGACGCCUACGCCGUCGUCAUCGGCGCGUCGGGCGGCGCCUAUGCUUUUAUGGGUGGGCACGUGGGAGCCAUUUUCAAGGACUGGGACCGGUUAAGGCACGGCGUUUUUGAUAGGAGGACGCGGCUUGUUGUUUUUGCGUUUAUACUCGGAGCGGACGUGCUCCAGUGGGCGCUGACGCGCGAAGCUGGAGUGAGUUAUGCCUCUCAUGUGGGAGGCGCGGCGGCGGGGUUGUUAUUGGGUGUGGUCAUUCUGCGGCGGCGGCCGGCUCGAUCGAAUUCGGAUUUUGUGAGGCGCCUCGGCCGGCCCGCCGUGUUCCUGGCACUGGUCCUUUCAAUUUUCUUAUUUGCGUUUGGAAUAACGUGGUACGCGGCGGUCUAUCCACCUAAACCAUUGUCGCGGGGCUGGUACGACGCCUACGGCUUCGGCGUGCGGCCCUGCUGCCACCAGGCCUGGUUCUGCGACGUGGAGCCGACGGCCGCGCUGACCUGCGAGUUCCGCGAAAGCGACGCGACGUGGGCCCUGGCGUCGCGGGGGGAGGUGCUCGGGGGCUGCGGCGCGCUCGCGGCGGCCCUUGUUGGUGCGAACGCGACGGCGAAUGUCACGGUGUAG